UAUGUUAUGUGUACAUUACAUAAAACUGUUAUGCGAGUUAGAACCAUUCCGGUUUCGAUAAGAAGGUAAGGUAUUUUUGGAACUGUGAAAAAUUUGUAUUACGGCCAUUUCCUGGCACGAGUAUUUAUUUAUAAUUUUCAACCAUAACGAUAUUUUCUUUUCUAAUGGUAACCUCAAAGAUAGGAAACUACAUUAUCUGCGUUUCCUUUCGCUUCGCUUAAUGCUCAAGAUUCUUAGGAUUUAUAGGAAAUUUGCAUGGUCAUCGGUAUUAUAACAAAAAAAAAUCCAUCCAGCUUUUGCCAUCUUUAGACGCCGAACACGGCAGGACUGAUUUGCAGGAUUCCUUUUUUUUUCAUACCCGCAUGUUUUCUGUCGUAAAAGGUGUAUUUUGCCUCCCUCUUAUUCAUCAACUCCUUAAUCUCCAGCUAAAGUGAGCGUUUUUUCAAUAAUCUUGUUUUUAUCUGUGGCGCCAGCUCGCUAAACCCUUAAUUAUUUAACCUAAGCACAAAGAGCACCCACUAUGUGACAUCUAUCGUGAGGCACUAGAGGUAAUUACUUGAGACAUGCACUCAUAGAUGGCGCGCAAGCUUUAGUAGCGCCAUGUCUUGUAAGACGCUUCGACUAAAUAGAUCAGGCAGAUAGGAAUAGAUGGACCAAAGAAAAUGGUGGUGCCCUCCUUUACUAAAUUCUUCUAAAUUGUUUUAAGAAAUUAUAAAAAAACGCAUCCUACUUGGCAAGAAUUUAUUUUGUAUAAUGAACAGUUAUAAAACUAUCUUCAAACUUCUUCAAGCUUAGGGGAGAAACAAAGAAACUCCAUGUUGAUGUCGUGUGUUUUAGCUUUCCAAAAAGUAAACUCUCUUCACCCUUAAACAUAAACAUAAUAUGUAUAUAAAAGGUUUAAUAGAAACUAGAUAUACAAGGUGACCCAGAGAAAACAUAUUUUUCAGAUACAGAUAAUUUUUUUUAAUUACUUCUAAAUGAAGCAAUUUUUGAAUAUAUCUAUUCUUUGUGGUAACACUUUGCCAACUUCUCUUGAAUGCCUGUACUCGGUACUCUUGCUGAAUAGCAACUUUCAGUUCCUGUACAGUGCGCUUAUUGUUUAUAAUUGAACUGCCGCAAAAUGUCAUUUGACGUUUCCCCAAGCACCAAUAAAAGUGCGCCAAUAAAAAAUAUAAAAUACAAAAACUGAAACUUUUAAUUUUGAAAAAAUUAACUUGAAAAUUUUUAAAAAAUGUGAAAAACAUGUGUUUCCUCUGUGCAACCUUUUACAUACAAUUUUAACUUUAUUUUUUACGGCUCAAACAAGCGUCAUAGUUUAUUUUAGAAAUUGGUGUAAAGGCAGAAUUUAAAGGAGUUAACAAGUUAAAGCAAACAAAAAAGCCCUAUUUUUGGUUUGUUAGAGACCCUACCAAAACAAAUUGAAUUCGCCUUUCGGAAUACGGUUGGUUCAUUUGAAUGGUUUAAGGUUUAAAUGCACGACAGAGGCAAACCACGGAAAAGGAAUCGAAGUAUCGUUAUAAUUAAAGCAGAACGCAGCUAAAUAUUAUAUACUAACUAAAACAAAAAACAGAACAUAUAGACAUAACAAAAAUUAUAAUUCAAAUGAAUCUGAAUCGGUAGUUCAAAUUAUUCGGAUUCAGUGACUAUUGCCGCUAUGAUUUAUAGAGUUCCCAAUGCGUCCGAACUGUUUUUAGGUGUUCUUUCAAAUUUCGUCAAUAGAAAGGGGCUCAGUGAUAUUUUGCUGUUGUAUCUGAAGAUGGCUGCACUGUUAAUUAUUUCCACAAUUUUAAGUUUUCUGACAGCCUAUUCCGAUAAUCUAGGUAAAUUGAUUCUUCACUGGAUAAACAAAUCGUCGAAACAUGAGAAAAACCUAUUAAAUGAAAAAGUGCAACUAAAAAGGGAACAAUGCAACUAUAACAUGAUGGAUGAUUUUGCAAAAUAUUCCAAAGUUCAAAGAAAAAUAAAUAAAAUCGAAGAGGAACUUGAACAUAUUGAAAACAAGAAAAUAGGAUUUGUUCUGAGCACUUUUUGUAUCUACAGUGUCAAAUGUUUGUGUACGAUGUGUAUUCUGGCUCUUACAGUGUAUUUUAAAGGAAGUUAUGUGUUUAAGCUUGAUGAUAGCAUUGACCUCACCCCAUUUAAUUAUUUAAUUUCAUAUCCUAAUGAAAAAAAUUUCGUAUCGAUUCAUUUCUGGAUUAUGUGUUGCAAUGUGGUAGCGAGUUUAAUAAAACAUUCAAGUUAUUGUUGAAUAGCCCUUUCGUUCGGUUAAUUACCGCCCCCCCCCCACCUAAAGAGGAUGAGUUGAACAUAACCUAAUAAUUUUCCAUCUGAACUUUCACUUUUUCCAUC